CUCCCAUACAAAUAGAGUAGCUCCAUCUUCCUGAAUAACAAAACCCAUUUGACAAAUUUCAAAGAACUCAACUCACAUCUUCUUCUUCCAGCCAUGACCAAAGACACAGUUGACAUUCUCAUCGAUUCACUCAAGGCCGCAGGAGUCAAAUACGUCUUCGGCGUCCCUGGCGCCAAGAUCGACUCCGUCUUCAACGCCCUGAUCGACCAUCCAGACAUCAAGCUCGUCGUCUGCCGGCACGAGCAGAAUGCCGCCUUCAUAGCCGCCGCCAUGGGCAAAGUGACUGGCCUUCCCGGCGUUUGCAUCGCCACGUCCGGCCCGGGCACCAGCAAUCUCGUCACCGGCCUGGUCACCGCGACGGACGAAGGCGCGCCGGUCGUGGCCAUCGUGGGAAGCGUCAAGCGGUCUCAGUCGCUGCAAAGAACGCACCAGAGCCUGCGCGGCGUCGACCUGCUCGCCCCCGUCACAAAAAAGGUCGUAUCGGCCGUGGUCGAGGACCAGGUUGCCGAGAUCAUGCUGGAUGCCUUUCGAGUCGCGGCAGCGUCUCCUCCCGGCGCCACGGCCGUGAGCCUGCCCAUCGACCUGAUGACGCCCGUCAAGAGCACGUCCGCCGUCUCGGCAUUCCCGGCAGCAUGCUUCGCGCCCCCAAAGUACGGCAAAUCCCCAGAGGCAUCCCUCCAAGCAGCCGCGCAGCUCAUCUCCGCAGCCAAAGCCCCCGUCGUGUUUCUCGGCAUGCGGGUGUCUGAAUCAGACGAAACCAUCAAUGCUGUGCAUGGCUUCCUCAGGAAACACCCCGUGCCGGUUGUCGAGACGUUUCAAGCUGCCGGGGCCAUCUCCAAGGAGCUCGUCCACCUUUUCUACGGUCGAAUCGGUCUCUUCAGCAACCAGCCGGGCGACCAGCUGCUGCAGCACGCCGACCUGGUCAUUGCCGUCGGGCUGGAUCAAGCAGAAUACGAUGCAAACAUGUGGAACGCGCGCAAUACGACAAUCCUGCAUGUGGACAUCCAACCAGCUGACGUUGUUGCUCAUUACGUGCCCAGGAUUGAGCUCGUCGGGUCUCUGGCCGAUAACAUCUCAGAUCUCACGGGCAGGCUGGACACAGUAGCUCGUCUCCAGCUCACCGAGGCAGGGGAGGCCAUUCGGACGAACAUGUGGGAAUGGGUGAACAGCCCCGAGGCAUUAGGACGAUCCACCGGACCCGUGCAUCCACUGCACUUCAUCCGGCUCUUCCAGAGCAUGAUUGAUCCGUCCACGACGGUUAUAUCCGACGUGGGAAGCGUCUAUAUCUGGCUGUGUCGGUAUUUCUACUCCUACGCACGCAGGACCUUCCUCAUGUCAAACGUACAGCAGACAUUGGGCGUAGCGCUGCCUUGGGCCAUUGGCGUCUCUCUCAGCCAGACGCCCCCAUCCUCCAAAAAGGUGGUUAGCAUCAGCGGCGAUGGCGGCUUCAUGUUCAGCAGCCAGGAGCUGGUCACUGCCGUUCAGCAGGGCUGCAACAUCACGCACUUCAUCUGGAACGACGGCAAGUACAACAUGGUCGAGUUCCAAGAAGUAAACAAGUACGGCCGCAGCUCUGGCGUCGAUCUUGGAGGAGUCGACUUUGUCAAGCUUGCCGACUCGAUGGGCGCCAAGGGGCUGCGUGUAACCAGUGCGGGAGACCUGGAGGCUGUCAUGAAAGAAGCCUUGGCCUACGAUGGUGUCUGUCUUGUGGAUGUGGAGAUUGAUUACAGUCAGAACCACAACCUGAUGAGGACUUUGGUCUCAUCUGAUGUAUCAUAAUCAGAAGGAAUCUACUAGAGGUAAUUACGGUUUGUUUUAAUUGAAAGAUACUCCAUUAGUCUAGUUGGCAACCGUUACACAAGAAAACAAGAUCCGC